AUGCCAUUCGAAUCUACCACACCGUUCAUCCGACGAGGGACGUUUAGAGACCCUGUCUUCGAUGAGUCUAUGUCCGUCCGUGUCGAGGUCUUCGUCAAUGAGCAAGGCGUCCCCGCCGAGAACGAGAGAGACGAGUACGACGAAGACUCAAUCCACUGGGUAACAUAUGCUUCGAUCCCAUCUGUAUCGAGCAAUAGCAAUCACGACAGGCAUGCCGUCGAUGGCAUCUCCCCCGAAAACGAACUGAGCCAGAACCGAACCCCAGUCGGUACAAUUCGUCUCAUCCCUCCAACCCUCUCUAAGAAAUCAUAUGUCCUUCUCGGCAGAUUGGCCGUUUUGAAGCCGUUUCGAAAAUUAGGGUUGGCAAGAUUGUUGGUUGAAGAAGCGCUUCGGUACGCUGCCAGCGAAGGAUCGGCAGGCGGAUUCGACUUACCAGGGGAGGGAAUAAAAUGGGAUGGAAAGUGUUAUGUCCACGCCCAGACAAAUGUCCAGGGUUGGUGGGCUAAUAAUGGGUUCUACCGGGACGAUGAUGCGGGAGAAUGGGAUGAGGAAGGGAUCAUGCAUGUUGGUAUGUGGAAGGAUAUAGCGUUGGAGCGACGGAGGAGCAUCAUUAACCUCUAG